AUGAGAAACCAUACGUCAAUAACCAGAUUCAUCCUCUUGGGACUGACAGAUGACUCACAACUGCAGAUUCUGAUUUUUUUAUUUCUACUUAUCACCUACACGCUGAGUAUAACUGGAAAUCUGGCCAUCAUCAUCCUCACAUUAGUGGAUUCUCACCUUAAAACUGCAAUGUACUUUUUUCUCCAAAAUUUUUCCUUCUUAGAAAUCUCAUUCACUUCUGCCUGCAUUCCUAGAUUCUUGUACAGCAUAUCAACAGGUGACAGGACUAUCUCCUAUAAUGCUUGUGAAUGCCAAUUAUUUUUCACAGAUCUUUUUGGAGUAACAGAGUUUUUCCUUCUGGCCACCAUGUCUUAUGAUCGCUAUGUGGCCAUCUGCAAACCCCUGCACUACGUGACCAUCAUGAACCACAGGGUCUGCAGAAGGCUCAUGUUCUGCUGUUGGAUGACCGCAUUGUUAAUCAUAUUGCCACCAUUUAGCUUGGGACUGGGCCUGGAAUUCUGUGACUCUAACGCCAUUGACCACUUUUUGUGUGAUGCUAAUCCUAUAGUGAAGAUUUCCUGCUCAGAUACCUGGUGCCUAGAGCAGAUGGUUAUUGCCUGUUCUGUGUUGACCUUCAUCAUGACUCUAAUAUGUGUGGUUUUGUCCUACGUGUGUAUUAUUAGAACAAUUCUGAGAUUCCCCUCUGUCCAGCAAAGGACAAAAGCCUUUUCUACCUGUUCUUCCCACAUUAUUGUGGUUUCUAUCACCUAUGGCAGUUGCAUCUUUGUUUAUACCAAACCUUCAGCAAAAGAUGAGAUGGCUGUUAAUAAGAGAGUAUCAAUACUCACUACUUCUAUUUCCCCCAUGUUAAACCCAUUUAUUUAUACUCUGAGGAACAAACAAGUGAAACAAGCCCUUAAUCACUUAGUCAAAAGAAUAAUAUUGCUUUUAAAGAACUAG